CAGCCCCUCCCACUCUCUCCGCCUCUCAACCUCAGGUCUCUUAGCCCCACACAGAAUUCACCACCUCCCAGACGGCAGCACUUCCCGCCCUCAGUCAGGUCCCAGGCACUGUCGCCACACUCAAAGCCGCGAUCAGCCGGUACCCAGCUCCUUCCAAGCGCACUAUCCUAGCAGAGCCUCGCUGCCACCUUCACCUCUUUGGCCACCAAAGCACCCAGGACCCAGGACGCUCGGUGCCCUAGGGAUCACUCAGCCUCCGGGCCCCUGGAACCCAGUGCUAUCCCACAGCUGACUCGGAGACACAGCCACCCCCACCACCACAACCGCCAACACCGGUGCCACGCGCCGCCACCGCCGCGCCGCCGCCGCCUCUGCAGCCCGCCCGCCGCCCACCAUGGCCCCUCAGCAAACAGGUAGCAGGAAACGGAAAGCUUCAGAGGUUGAACAGGGCGCUGGGACUUCUUCUUCGCCUGGGCGGGCGGCUGCGGCGGCGGGGACAGGCCAAGCGGAUGGGCCAUUGCUGCUGGCCAAGAGGCCCCGGCGGCCCGUGGCUCGCCGCUCAGUGGUGCACUACCUGAAGGGCCGCGCACUGGGCGCCUAUGGCCACCCGGGGCUCGUGGGCUUCGAGGGCGACCUGCGCAGUUAUGGGGUCCUUAGGCUUCCUGAGCUGCUGAGGGAGCGCCAGCUGGCCCUAGGCCCCCUCAACAAGGUGUUCGCGUCCCAGUGGCUCAAUGCCAGGCAGGUGGUGUGUGGCACCAAGUGCAAUACACUCUUCGUGGUUGAUGUCCAGACUGGUCGGAUCACUCGCAUUCCCCUGUUGCGAGACAGAGGGCCUGGACAAACCCGUGCCCAACCCACCUGUGGCAUCCAUGCCAUCCAGUUGAAUCCCUCAAAGACCCUCCUAGCUACAGGAGGUGAAAACCCCAACAGUCUAGCUGUCUACCAGCUACCCACACUAGACCCUGUGUGUUUAGGUGACCGCCAAGGCCACAGGGACUGGAUCUUCGCCAUCGCAUGGAUGAGUGAUACCGUGGCUGUAAGUGGCUCGAGAGAUGGUACCGUGGCACUCUGGCGGGUGGAUCCUGACAUGUUCAAUGGCAGCAUUCAGGGCUGGCACAAUAAUUCAGGGAUCCCACGGUAUUCACACAUUCGUCCAAGGGACAUGGAGGCCAUCCCAAGGGCAACUACUAACCCGGGUAACCGCAAAGUGCGAGCCCUUGCAUUCAGUGGGAGAAACCAAGAGCUGGGGGCUGUGUCCCUGGAUGGCUACUUCCACCUGUGGAAAGCCCGGAGCUCCCUGUCCAGGCUGCUGUCCCUAAGGCUGCCCUACUGCAGGGAGAAUGUGUGUCUCACCUAUUGUGAUGAGUUGUCCCUCUACGCUGUGGGUUCUCAGUCUCAUGUUUCCUUCCUGGAUCCAAGACAACGCCAGCAGAACAUCAAGCCCUUGUGUUCACGAGAAGGAGGCACUGGUGUUCGUUCUCUAAGUUUCUACCACCACAUCAUCACUGUGGGCACUGGACAUGGCUCUCUGCUCUUCUAUGAUAUCCGUGCCCAGAAGUUCCUGGAGGAAAGGGCCUCAGCCAAUCCAGAUUCUUUUCUUGGGCGCACAGGGAGGAAGCUCAAACUCACUUGUGGCAGAGGCUGGCUCAACCAAGAUGAACUCUGGGUGAACUACUUUGGGGGCACUGAGGAAUUCCCCAAUGCGCUCUACACUCACUGCUACAACUGGCCUGAGAUGAAGCUCUUUGUGGGUGGAGGUCCACUCCCUUCAGGCCUCCAUGGCAACUACGCAGGCCUCUGGAGCUAAAGCUCUUUGCAAAGUGUAUAGAUUUAUCCUCGAGUUCAGGCUAACAUUCUUUGCAUAUGUGCUUUUGUGUGAUGUGAGUAUGCACACGCCUGAUUGUAUGUGUAACUUAUUUUUAAAGUGGAAUUGAACCAAUGUUCUAGUGCCCAACCACAGAGAGAAGGAAAAGAGAAAGGAGAGAAGUAGAGGAAGAUGAGAUGGAGAGAGAGAGAGAGAGAGAGAGAGAGAGAGAGAGAGAGAGAGAGAGAGAGAGAUUCCUAUAUCAAAACUUGGUUAGACUUUGGCACUUUUUCUAAGAGCACUACAUUUUUGCUGUAUCAUACAAAAAGUCUUAAUCUUAUUUUUCACAGUGAUUUAUGUAUUUUCUUUCUUUAGGCGAAUGCAGUCAUUGCUUUCAGUGCAAUUUAGCACUAGAGUUUUACCAGCAUUUCAAUAACUUGUUCAAGUCUUUUAAAUAUUCUGUGGACAUGACAUUUUGAUAAAAGAUGUUUUAAAAUGUUUGUUGAGGCUGAUCUCAGAAAAUAUUUAAAGCUCUAAUCAAAGUUUUAAAAAGAGUACUUCAAGUUUUAGAUUAUUACAAUUUGGAGUAUCUUUCAUUUGAAUGUAGGAAAACUCAGUAGUGGCUUUGAACAUUGUCGGGGAAAUUAUUUAAGAUAUAUUAUCUCAUUUACAGAAUUAUACACUAUUGUUCAAACUACUAAUCAACAAAAUUUUAUUUGGAAAAGCUUGAGCAUAACCACGCUUAGUCCUAAAGUUUUCUUUGUAAAAAGCACUGCUUUCCUGAGAACCAUUUAUGUUAAUGAUGCUGUAGCUAAUGAAAUCUAACAUAAAAUUUCAGGAUAAUUAGAAAUGUAUUUGGGAAAUUAACAUUUCUUUAACAUUCAAGGAACACAGUCCAGUUAGCCAUUUGCAAUGGGCAGAGUUUGUGCAGUUGAUUCUUGUAUUGGGUACAUACAUAAUUAUUUCAUGUGGAUCACUUUUGCGUA